AUGGGGCUGGCAGGUUUCAGGUACCUGCCUGAUGGGUCCCCACUACAGGACUCUGAGUGUCUUUGUUACCACUUGUCAGCCACAGGGCGGGCCCACACCCUAACUGUGCUCUUCAUCCUCACCUGUGUGCUUGGCUACGUGACCCUGCUGGAGGAGACACCUCGGGACACAGCCUAUAACACCAAGAGAGGUAUUGUGGCCAGUAUUUUGGUUUUCUUAUGUUUUGGAGUCACACAAGCUAAAGACGGGCCGUUCUCCAGACCUCAUCCAGCCUACUGGAGGUUCUGGCUGUGCGUCAGUGUGGUGUACGAGCUGUUCCUCAUCUUCAUUCUCUUCCAGACUGUCCAGGACGGCCGCCAGUUUCUGAAGUAUGUGGACCCUAGGCUGGGCAUCCCGCUGCCUGAGAGGGACUACGGGGGGAACUGCCUCAUCUAUGACGCACACAACAAGAGCGACCCCUUCCACAACGUCUGGGACAAGCUGGACGGCUUUGUGCCUGCGCACUUCCUUGGCUGGUACCUGAAGACCCUGAUGAUCCGUGACUGGUGGAUGUGCACGAUUGUGAGUGUCAUGUUCGAGUUCCUCGAGUACAGCCUGGAGCACCAGCUGCCCAACUUCAGCGAGUGCUGGUGGGACCACUGGAUCAUGGACGUGCUUGUCUGCAACGGGCUGGGCAUCUACUGCGGCAUGAAGACCCUCGAGUGGCUGUCUCUGAAGACGUACAAGUGGCAGGGCCUCUGGAACAUUCCAACCUACAAGGGCAAAAUGAAGAGGAUCGCCUUCCAGUUCACGCCCUACAGCUGGGUCCGCUUCGAGUGGAAGCCCGCCUCCAGCCUGCGCCGCUGGCUGGCCGUGUGUGGCAUCAUCCUGGUGUUUCUGUUGGCAGAGCUGAACACCUUCUACCUGAAGUUCGUGCUGUGGCUGCCCCCGGAGCACUACCUGGUCCUCCUGCGGCUGGUGUUCUUCGUGAACGUGGGCGGCGUGGCCAUGCGGGAGAUCUACGACUUCAUGGAUGACCCGAAGCUGCACAAGAAGCUGGGCCAGCAGGCGUGGCUGGUGGCGGCCAUCACGGCCACGGAGCUGCUCAUCGUCGUGAAGUACGACCCGCAUACGCUCACGCUGUCCCUGCCUUUCUAUAUCUCCCAGUGCUGGACACUUGGCUCCGUGCUCGUGCUCACCUGGACCAUCUGGCGCUUCUUCCUGCGGGACAUCACCCUGAGAUACAAGGAGACUCGGCGGCAGAAGCAGCAGAGCAGGGCUGACCAGGGCAGAGCCGUGGACCACGUGGAUGGACACCUGCCUGAGCCAGAAGACCCCCCAGGGCCUGCAGAGCCAGAGCCAGAGGCAGAGGGGGCGCCGGCCCCAAACUGAGGCACCUCUUGACCGGCUGGAGCCCAGGCCUCCGGAGCCUUCCCACAGGCCUCGGCCCUUGCGGUUUUAUCACCCUUUCUCCCGUGCGCACAGUGGGGCUCUGCGGGCUGGGGGCUGAAGUUGGCCCCUGUCCUGGGCGUGUGUGGUGUGUGCACAUGUGUGUGAACACGGUGUAUAUGGGUGUGGGCACGUGCGCUCCAUGUUCCUGAGGCUUCCCUCGGGCAGACAGGUGUGGCUGGGCUGGCCCCGGGCAGCCGGUCUCCUCCCCUUUCUGCACCAUCAGCCCGCUGGCCCCCGGGCCACACCAAGCCCUCAGCACCAGACGGCCCUGCCCAGCACAGGCAUCACGGUGCCUUUCUCUGCUCCCAGGCCCCCUGGCAGCACGUGUAAAGGGCACCCCAAGAUGGCUGAGAAGGGGCGUGUCUGAGCAGGCAGCCCUGAGCCACUUCCUAGCGAGGCUUCAUCCGACCCCACAAACGUAGGGGUGGGAAUGGGGCCAGAGUCACGGACUGGUCCCUUGAGGAACACCGAGUCAAAGGCCCUGAGCCUGAGGUGGGGAGGAGGGGUUAGGGUCGUUUUCGUGAGCAAACAGAACAAAGUAAAGCGGCAACCAAGGUCUGCAGCUGGCGUCAUCCUCACUGGCUGCCAGCCUCUCCCCCGUCCUGUACCCAACAUGGGGGUUGCCCAGAGGGACGGGGGGGGGGGGGGGCAGGGCCGCUGCAGCAUUUGUCCACUCGGGUCCGAGGUGGCGUGCAGAGGGGCGGCCCUGGGAGCUGGGUAUGGUGGGGGUGAGGGAGGCAGCUGUCCGGGCGUGUGCACGCACACAGCAGAGCGCCCUGACAACACACUCGGGAAACCCCGCCUGGCGGGGACCCCACAAAGAGAACAAGCAGCCCUCCUACCACAGAAGUGCUUUAAUAAAGUGUCUAAAACUUU